AUGACUUUAGAAAUGGUUAAUAUUUAUGUUGUUUCUUUCCUCUGUCUUUCCUCUUCUCACCCUGUCAGUCUGUAUUUUUUCUCUCUUAUAUCUAUCUAUCUAUCUAUCUAUCUAUCUAUCUAUCUAUCUAUCUAUCUAUCUAUCUAUCUAUCUAUACCACCCAUAAUAGAAUGUAGAGUACGGGAACUUUUCGAUAUCUAUCUAUCUAAAUUUCUUUCUUUCUUCCUUUCUUUGUGUUUCUAUUCAUCUAUCUAUUCAUCUAUCUAUCUAUCUAUCUAUUCAUCUAUCUAUCUAUCUAUUAGUGAUUUUCAUUCAUCUAUCUAUCUAUCUAUCUAUCUAUCUAUCUAUCUAUCUAUCUGUGGAUUUGCGAAUAGUAAACCUUUCCUUCCUUCCUUUUCCUUCCUUCCCUUCCUUCCUUUUCUUUCUUCCUUCCUUCCUUCCUUCCUUCCUUCCUUCCUUCGUUCACUCAGAAACCUUCCUUCCUUCCCUCCUCUGUUCACUGAAACCUUCCUUCCUUCCUUCACUGAAACCUUCCUUCCUUCCUUCCUUCCUUCCUUCCUUCCUUCCUUCCUUCCUUCCUUCCUUCACUGA